GUAGAAAAAUGUAUUCAUUAUUGUCACAAAAAUAUGAAUGCUAUUGUAGCCACGCCAUGUAACAUGAAUUGUAUCAACGCUAAUCUUGUUACGCACAUUGCUGAUCUCUUCACGCACAACGAAGUAGAAGAGCUGAAGGACAAAAGAGACAAAUUUAAGAGUAAACUUUUCUGCAAGAAGAUUGAGAGACUGUUUGACCCAGAGUACCUCAAUCCAGAUUCUCGAGGAAAUGCAGCAACAUUAUACAGGUGUUGUUUAUGUAAAAAGCUGCUAACUAAGGAAACUGAAAGAAGAAUUCCUUGUGUACCAGGAAAAAUCAACAUAGAUCAACAUGGGAAUAUUGUCUAUGUUCAUAUAAGAGACAAAACCUGGGAAGUCCAUGAGUACUUAAUUGGCCUUCAUGACGAACUGAAAUCUUGGCGGGAUGUUUACUGGCGUCUUUGGGGCACUGUCAAUUGGUUGACCUGCUCAAGGUGUAACCAAUCUUUCCUGUGUACGGAAUUCUCCCAUUGCCAGUACCAUUCGCAGCCAGUUCUUUAUCCAGGUGUGGCAAGUGCGCUGGGCUCGACUGGCACAGGAGUAUAUCCCUGUUGUAACCAAAAAGUUCUUCGAUUUGAUCCUACAACCCUCCCAAAGGGCUGCAAAGUGAGGGAUCACAUGGUUGAUUUACCUUCAGGCAAGGAAAAUGGGGAUGCUUUGCUGUCCCAGACUACUAAAAUACUGGAUGAUCUGCUCCAUCAUAGAGAUGUUAUUGUUGUUCCUUUCACUAAGGAUGAGAAUAGUGAUUCUGGUAUUGGGCUCAGUGAUGAAAAAGGCAUUGAAUGCGAUGUGCUUGUGGAACCAAAUACGCCGUGGGGUCCCAAAACUGGAGAAAUCAAUGCUUUUCUUUCUCUGAAGAACUGGACUUUACAGCUGAAACAGCAGUCAUUGUUAUCUGAAGAGGAGGAGUAUACCACUGGCUCGGAGGUCACGGAGGAUGAAGUGGGGGAUGAAGAGGAAGUAUGCAGGAAACCAGGGAGAAAGGAGAAAUCAAAGAAAUCCUACAAGCACCCAAAGAAAGUGGUUUCUUCACCUAGUGUUCAGAAAAAGGAGAAGCCAUCUGACAAGUCAUGUUCCCGAGAUGCAUCUCCGUUCAUUGUGAGUGUGCAGCAGAACAAGUGGGAUGCCUCCAGGUCACUAAGAUUCAACCAAGAUGCUCAAAGAGAAGACGAUCAGAGAAGAAUGUCCGAGAUUACUGGGCACUUAAUAAAAAUGAGACUGGGAGACCUUGAUCGAGUCAAGUCAAAAGACAGCAAAGAGUAUGCAGGAGGCAUUUAUUCUAGACUUGAAGCUCAGAUAAAGGCCUCGGCGCAGGUCAGCGCGCGACAAAACAACGCUGAGAAGAAUGCCAGGUCAAAAUCCCGUUUUGGUCAAGGCCGUCCAGCAUAA